GGGAACGUGCUCACUCGUUACACGUCCUCAUUCCCGCCUCGAAAAUUGUCUCUCCAGCCUGAGCGUCCCCGAGGCCUGGCCGACGGAGACCCUCUGCAGAGACGACAGGUCACGAAACCGCCUUCGCCACGCGAAAUUUUGACCGUAGGGACACCAGGAUGCCUCCAGCCAACAAAUCCGCGCUGUUCCUCGGGCUCGAGCUCUCCACAGACCAGCUUCGGGCCACCAUCGUGGACGAGACCUUGGAGUUGAUUGGUGUUGACGCCGUAGACUUUGACGUGGAGCUACCCGAAUUCCAGACGCAUGGAGGGAUGUUUACGACGCCCGGGGAUGCGUAUACCACCCCCGUGGAGAUGUGGAUUAAAGCUCUCGACGUGUUACUCGAGAAAUUGGGCCGGACCUACGAUCUUAGCCGAGUUCGCUCGAUAGGAGGCUCAGCCCAGCAUGCUCUCGUCUGGUGGACAUCGGCCCCGAUCUCACCUCUCUCCAGGCUGGACUCUCGUCUUCCGCUUCAGGCCCAGCUGACAGCGGAAGCCUUCUCCUUACCGAACACCCCUGUGGCGCAAGACACCUCCGCUCAGCCGCAUGCGAAGGUCCUCGAAUCGGCUCUUGGCGGAACCGAUCUCAUGGCAGCCCGCGUUGGCAUCUCCGCGCACCCAUCCGUCCCUGCAGCUCAGAUAUAUCGCAUCCGAGCCGAAUGGCCCAACAUAUGGUACGCAACCGGCCGGGUGCAAACCGCCAGCUCCUUCCUUCAGAGCUUGGUCACGGGGAUGUUCGGUGGAAUGUCUGAAGCUGAGGCAGUCUCCACUGGUAUGUGGGUGCACAGCCAGGGCUACGGCCAAGGAAGGUGGGACGACGAAGUUUUGGAUAUCAUUGGCGGCAGCAGAGAAGAGGGACGGAGGCUGAAGGCGUGGCUUGGGGAAGUUGAAACGAACGGAGGAGGAAGAAGGGCGGGGUCUGUAUCUAGAUACAUGGUAGAACGGUAUGGGUUCGAACAAGACACCAUCGUCACGUCAUUCACGUCGGACUUCCUCUCUUCCUACCUCUCCUUCUGCCCCUCUUCUUCGGAUGCUGUUCUCGCAUUUGGUCCCAUGGACCUCAUGAUGGCGCCAGCUGUCAAUUAUCGCCCUACCCGUCUUUAUAGCCUCUAUCCUCACCCUGCUCAAGAUACCAGCGAGAAGCGAAGAUACAUCGCUACUCUGGCUAGUCGGAAUGCUGAUGUUCCGCGCGCUCUUGUGCGAGACAUGUAUACUAAGAGCUGGAGUGCCUUCGAUCGCCUGGUUUCUAUCGUUCCUCCCGGAGGUUCCAUUGGGCUGGACGACAAGCUUUUCAGCUUCUGGUUUCUCCAGGGUGACGCCUUUCCAUUGAUGGAAGUGAAGGGCAUCCACCGCUUUGAGACCGGUGUCCAGGUCAACGAAUUCCGCGACCUCCGCGCCAACCCGCGCUGCCUCAUCGAGAGUCAAAUCAUGUCAUUCCGUGUCCGCUGGUCUCGAAUGUUCGCAACCGGCGUCCUCGGCCCUGCUGCAGGUCGUGCCAAUAAGAGCGGCGUCACGUCGAGUCCAGGGGCCGCCCUGCAGCCACCCAGUCCGCUUUCGAGUUUGGGCAUCCCGUUCGACGCCUACGACUCGUCGCCACUUCCGUCGAAGGUGAUCGUGACCGGCGCCGCAGUCAACUGCCCCGCAAUCGCGAACUUGGUUGGCGACAUCUUCAACGCGCCGGUUUACAUGCCCACCAGCCAGAUCGACUCGGCUCAGCUGAGCCCGCACCGGAACGCUCCCGCUGUUGGCUACCCCGGGCGGGCAGCGCUGGGUAGCGCAUACAUGGCGCGUUGGGUCUGGGGUCGGGAGAAGGGCAUUCAAGUCGGUACUGGCCGAGGGUUUGAGGAGGAGAUCAAACGGCUGCUGGGCAAACGAUGGGCGGCUUCUGGUAAUCAACCGCAGAAGACGAAUGUCAAUGGGACCCCGAGCGCCAGUGCCCUUACGGGCGCGAGUUCCGGGACUAGCACCCCGUACGCGAAGAGCGGGCUCGGUCUGGGCAGCUCCACUUUGGUCGAGGAGGACGAGGAGGAUGAGCAGAUGGGGACUGCUGCCAGGCUGAAAUUGUCCCGAAGUCCCGGCGGCACCCUCAGCGGCAGCACCAAUGGCGCGACCACCCCUAGCACUCCUACUGCGCCAACCACGACGACUUUAGUCCCCAUAUCCGCAAUGCCGACCGCGGAGCCAGAACUCCAGCUCGGUGUGGCUAAGAUUGCGGACCCGGAUGUCGACGGUUUCCUAACCUACGCCGCGCUCGUGCCCGAAUACUGCCGACUCGAGUCGAUGCUCAUCAAAUCCCUCGUAUGA